AUGGUGAUUGUGCAAUCGAAUGUGAUCAGUUCGAACGGCGUCGGAGGAGCUCAGCUGCCGAACAUCGACUGGGACAUCAACGAUCCGAGCGUACCGAUUGUGACCGAGGCGGACUAUGAGCCGUUCAACGAGUGGAGUGAUGGCCACUGCCGGGCGAUCUACCGGCCGACCAGCGAGGAAGCAAAGCGACACUCGUCCGGUUGGGCAAUGCGCAACACCAACAAUCACAACGUGAACAUCCUGAAGAAAAGCUGCCUAGGCGUUCUGGUGUGUUCCGCACGCUGUAAGCUCCCGAACGGUGGACAGAUUCACCUACGGCCGGCGAUCUGUGACAAGGCCCGACGCAAGCAGCAAGGAAAAGCAUGCCCCAAUAGAACAUGCAUUGGAGGAAUUCUGGAGAUUCUCCCGUGCCGGGGACACUGUGGAUACCCGGUUACACACUUCUGGCGACACACACCACACGCGAUAUUCUUCCAAGCGAAAGGAGUACAUGAUCAUCCGCGUCCAGAGGCCAAGUCCUCCGGAGAGACACGGCGCGUACUGGGACUUGGACGUCGGGAGCGAGUGCUGCGGACGGUACAGUCCAAGAUGAACAAGAUAAACGGCAUCAAACAGUCAAAGAAGUCAACCAAACAGAUGUACACCAUCACAAAGACCACGAGCUACAGUUCGAUCUCAUCGAACGAAAUUGGCAAAUCGCCAGAUUCCUCCUUCGACGAAGGCGGCUACCAGAUGGAGUAUCUUAAUGGAUCCAGCGUACCAGGAGGGUGUUCGUACAACUCGGGUCAGCAUGCAGCAGCACCAACCUCGACCACGCAACCGUUGCAUCAGCAAUCCCAAACCCACCAGUAUCCCCAGAACGUGGACUAUAGCCAGAACUGUUUCUACGACAACUCGAACUUUAUCCACCCGGAAGAGAUCUUCCAACUGGAUCAACCGUUGCGACCGGUGGCUGGAGUUGGUGGCAAGUAUCAGCCUCACCAACAGCAACACAACCACCACUCGCUGGGAAGUCCUCCGGUGACCUCCAUUUUCGACAUGGACGGAGGAGACCAUCAGCCACACCAGAACGGGACGCUCUACUACGGAGCCGAUGUUAGCGCGGGACGGUACUUCGACUGCGUAAAGUAUGAGAGCAGCACCGACACUGACACGGCCAGCCUCACCAGCAGCGGCUGCUCGAGUGUGCUCGAUGACAUUGCGUACUACGGUGCUGGCGGGCCGCAGGUCGAUUAUCAGAGCGGCUCCAACAAUAACACCCUGGCGCAGCUCGACAUGAACAAGCUCGGUCUGCGUGCGUGCGAUGGUAUUAAUUCGUUCUUUAUUAGUCAAUCGAGUUGCGUGUCACCGACGACUAAUGAGCGUAAGACAGUCGCCCCAACCCCACCGGCAGGGUCCACCGUUCCCGGGCCGGCUCAAUUGGAUGCGUACGGUGGUUCCCCUCCGGCCGGGGUGUGCAUGGGCUACGAAAACUAUAGUGCGUCCUCCUCGCCAAACUCCUCGCACCUCUACACCGCCAGUGGAGCGACCUACGAAAACUCCGCGUUACCACAAUCGCUCGGAUCUCUGGUACCAUCCCCCGACGGAAUGGUACCAACAUCUCCCCACAUGUCGGGCGGCGCUACCGUUUCUUCCUCCGUCGACCUACAACAGCCUAUCCAGGGUGCGUCAACGAGCGGCGGUGACUGGUGGAAUAAUAGCUUCUUCCAAUCGACCGAAAUUGCGCCCGCGGUCGGUAGCUGGACGCAGGCCUACGACGAAACUGUUUUGCCCGACGGCACGCACAAUCAUCACCCUCAUCAUCAUCAUCAGCAGCAGCAGCAGCAGCAGUACUAUGGACUCGAGCAGUGUGAAUAUCUCAGCUAG